AUGCACCGCCAGCAUCACUGCCUCCUCGACAUUCGUCCCUCCGCCGUUGAACGUCUCACCGACAUGGGCAUUCCACCCAUCGUCUUGUUAACCGAUCCACUCUCGUAUCGCGAGCUUUGCAUGCUCGACGGAUCCGACAUAGUUGCUGAGAUGCCGACUGGUGCUUUCAACGCAUCUCGUCAUAGGUUGCAUCAAAAUCCACAUCAACUGCAACUUUCGGCUUCAGAGAACUGUCCAAACAUCGACAAUUCCAUCACAAUAUUCCGCGACCCGGCUGUCAAGAGGAUGUAUGAAGGAAGAGGCGCUCACACGGCAGACGCACGAGGUACAGCUUCAAGUUCGUUUGGAAAAUCAGAGUCAAGAGAUUCAACGGCGAAUUCAAUGUGGCAAGAGUUGUGUCAUUUGCGUGCCAGCGCAGGCCAUUUAAUCACGGACACAAUACCGCUCCUUAAACCCAACGAUCCUAGUAAGCCGGGCCUCAGUCUGAUGGAGUGGCUGGCAAAUAUUGUGGCCGUCAUCGAAUUUAAUCAGAGAUCUGAAGGCGAUAUGGAAAUCAAGAUAGUUUCCAGCGUUGAACCGUAG